ACUUAAAUUAUUUAUUCUAAGUGCUUUACUUCCUCUAGCUUCUGCUUUUAUAGUAUCUCUCUGUCGUGUGUAAUCUAUAAGUGUCGCUCCGCAUUGGAGGAACGUCGUCGCCAGCGAUGAAUUUUAUUGUAGGCGUUGAAUAUUAAUGAAAUAUGCGGAUACGCAAAUUUACACACGAAGUCCUUUUAUUACUUUACUAAUUCGCGGACUCAGUCAAUAUCCUGUGCACGACCGUGUUCCCUCCGUUAGUUUUCAGUUUGUGCCUUGCGUUGUCGCUGGCUACAUCGUUUCGAUAGAAUAUAAAGACGACAAUAAUUAAAUAUUAUUCGACUUAUUAGAGUCAACACUGUCUUCGCAGUGUCUCAUGUGGUGCACAUAUGGGAGUGGUGAUUCACAUUUGAAGAAAAAAAACCGAGAGACGGUUGAUUGCGACGGAGAACGCGAGUGACGCAGAGUCCGAGAGUCAUUGAUCCCGAUACAUUCCCGGACGGCCGACGCCAUGUCGGAGUCUGCGCGUUCCGCCGGGUCUCUCGUCUCGCCGUACGCUCUUGCGGCUUACGUCGCGUGUAUUGCUGGCGUUGGUGCUUUAUUGAACUGCUCACUUGUAGCUGCGCUUCUCAGAACUUCAAAAAAUGGGUUGAUGAACAUUAUCAUUCAAUUGGCAGUGGCAGAUCUUAUCCUGGAAUCGACAAUCAUUCCAGAACUGUGCUAUUAUAAUUUCCGGACAUGGCAAUUUAGCAACAACGGAUGUAUUAUCUAUAGGGGAUUUAACGUACUGGCAUCAACAGCAUGUUCUUAUUUUGUCGUUACUAUUGCUUUACACACACUGGCAAUUGUAAGUCUUGGCGAAAAGAUAAUUAUGAAACGUAUAAAACAAAGCGAACAUGAAGAUGAUGAAGAGUUAAGAUCAUCGCGUCACAGUCUUGUUGCUAGUAGCGACUCCUCAACGCCCCCACGUACCAUGCACGUGGAUUACAGACUAAAUGUGAUUAAAAUACCUGUCAUUCAACCAAUAAUAUUUAUUUGGAUAUUAUCACUUUCUUUAAGCGUACCAGAUUUUUUUCUUGCAACCGCACUACCAUUAGAUGACGGUUCUUCAAUGUGCGUAAUAGCAGAUACUGAUCACAGACUGUACGUAUAUUCAGUUCUUGCAAUUUUUAAUUUGAUACUGCCAACAGUUUUACUGACGAUUAGUGGUUUUUUAGUAGCAAUUAAAUUAAAAUCGAAAAGAGUUCUGACUUUCCUCGACAGUUGCGAAUCAACAGAAUCUCUCAAAUUGUCAUUAUGGCUUAUACUGACUUACAUUAUACUUUGUGCACCUCGUUCAAUUUUUUCAGGGUACAUUUUAUAUUCUUCAUCUUUGACGGAAGGAAAUAAUACUUCUUUUAUAAAAACAUUGCACUCAAACGAUACUACAACAACUAUAAAAUUAGCGCUAAGUGGGGCGUCACUCGGCUCUGCUUUCUUACGACCCAUACUAUGUAUACUUUUGUUGCCAAGUGUGAGAAAAGUGUUAGCUUUCGGUUCCCUUCGGGCAGACGUCAACCAUGUGUGAUAAACAAUGAAUUAAAUUUACCAUCUACCUAGUAAUAUUAGAUUAGAUAGGUACGAUUUUUAAGAAAAGGCGAUUUGACGCUAUAGAAUUUAUAAAUACUUAUACAUAAUCGAGUUUUGCAAACUAUGGACUAAAAAAUCUAGUCUUAAGCAUUUAUGUAACUUUAUCGAUAGGGUGGAAAGUCUAUUCCUUAACAAGUACGAAUGGUAAGACGAGACGAUGUAGGUACUUGGUCGUUGUGCUUUUAGUUUGGUACUCUUCGGCAUUUCGGCAAGAAGUACCUACCACUUUUUUUUAUUAUAUAAUAUAUCGAACAAAAACGAAGCAGCCGUAAUAAAUUCCACGGUGAAGUAGCGUCGGAUUAUAAAACAAUAAUUCAAUUUAAAUAUUUAGCGUACUCGUAUACCAUUCCUUAAAAGUGGUAGGACGUAUUGCAAGCCUGACUGCAUACUUUGGCUCUGAAACCGCUAACACGACGAAUACUGUAAACUGGUCCGCCUAUCGGAUUUUAAACAAUUAAAACAAUUUAAAACAAUUACUUUGAUGUACAUAUAAACAGUGAACGUAACAAGUUCGUUAUUAUGUGCGUCUAAGUGUUAAACACUUUUCCCAACAAUUGCAGUAGAUACAUACAUCUACACUGUACAUUAUUUUUGUAUACCCACAGUAAUAUUAACUGUAAUAUUAUAUUAUAAGUUUUAUAAAAUUGAAAUAUACCUAUUUGAGGUAAUUAUUUUCGUAUUUAUAUUAAAUACAAAAUGUUAUUUUUUUACAAUAAAAUAUCUGAAAUACUAAGUGUAUUUACUUUAUUUCGCAUUUAAAUUGCAAAUUAUUUAAUAUAAGUAAAAUUGUCUUUAACUAGGAAGUUGAUGUUUUGUAUGCAGAAAGUUAGCUUUUUUUUAAUUUUAUUUUUUUUCCAUGCCCUUGAAAAAGUCAGGUGUCAGAUGAACCAGGUGAGUCUUUAGAGGCAUUUUGUACUGCCUCUCGUGUUUUGGAUUUCUUCCCUGCCAUGAAGUUGUCCAAAGUUAAGAAAAGAUCUAAAAGUCUGUCGACGCUUUCAUGUGAGUAAUAUGACGACGAAAAACUACCAACCCUAGCUCUUGUAACUUCGUGUCGUAUUGUGCCGAAUAAUGUUAAGCGUUAUGUGUCAGAGCAAGGGGACAAUAGAUUUGCGAGUUUCUCCAUCAUUAUGUUCAUUUCCUCAUAAUACCCAUUUGCUCUGUAAAGCUGGGGCCAUUGGUAAAAAACUGUGAUAAAUUAUACCGGCACUAAACCAGCAAACAGUGACCAUAACUUUUUUAGCGGUAAGCUUUCGUUUGGAGCAUUGCUUACAUGCUGAACCAUGGUCUAACCAACAUGACGACCACUUUCAAUUAUCAAAAAAGGAUCAAUUUUGCACCGCAAGUGACAAUCAAAAUUCAAAAUCAAAAUUUCCACGAAGCGUUCAAAUCAAUAGAGUCGUGUGUUCAUUUGUAGAGCCCGCUCUGUAAGUCAUAAAUGUUGCCAGCCGUUUGUGCGGCAUUGACAUCGCGACGAAACUCGUAUUCCUUAAUUAUAUAGGUACUGAUUUUUAUUGUCCACAUAUUGAUGAAAAAUCCAAACGUAGUGAAAACAUACGACUACUCAAUAAACAAAUGACUGAAUUUGAAAAUAGAAUUUCAUAUUUUUAAAUAAAAUUUAAAUAAAUAAAAAACAUAUUUAGGCCAACUAUUUAACAUUAAUCCAUUUAGUCCGCUUUCGUAACAAAUUGCCCUAAUUAAAGUAAAUGUUAAAUUCAAGAAAGCACGAUAGUAUCUACAAUAGAAAUUUUGAAGAAAUCUCAAAGAUUAUCUUUGGCUUUCGUAUAAUGAACGCCGUUUAAUAAAUACCGUAAAAUAAAUAUAUACCGUAAAAGGUGUUUAAUUUUUAGAUUGUCCUUUUUCAGCCAAGGCAUGUAACCUGCAUGAACACGAAUGUUGGUUUGCAAUGUUCUUCAAUCCAGUCCAGCUACAUAUGUACACCAUAACAAGAUACAGAGUCAUGUAAUUUGUAAGAUAGAACAGAAAGUUUUGUAUUCAUCUUGAACUCGACCCUUCUAACUCUUCUAUUCUGUUCUACUAUAAGUUUUAUAGGGAUUCAAUUUGCGGUUAUUUUGGGUUAAAGGGAUAUGGUAUUUCGACUAAAAAUUUUAAUUUAAUACAAAAGUUUAUUGGUGAAAACAUGAAAAAUAUGAUAGAUUAAUUUAAUGGUUGAUAAAAUGCAGCAGAAAUGUUACAAUAUUGGCCAUCACAAAACUAUUUUUCUAAUAAAUGCCUGAAUAUCAAGAAAAUGCUAUAUAUAUUAUAUAGUACAAAUUACCUUCAGGCACAACAAAAUAGUUAAUGUCAGAUAACCUUGGUACUACAAUUUGAGAAAAUUACAAGAACGAAACACUAACAAAUUUUUUGUGCCAUGUUUUGGUACAGCCAUUUAAAACAUUAUGAAAUGUGUCAUUGGAAAAUGAAUAUGAGUCAAAUCGGAAUACACCAUAAUCUCCUUCACUGCGGUCAUGCGGCGAUAGGAAUGUUACUUGGCCGACCAGGCUGCUUGUUUGUAAAUCUAUCAAUAAAAGGAAAACACUUUUAACUUAAGAAACCGUAAUUUUAAUAACUUAAGUUAUAAAUAUUUAUAUUCAUCAGGUCAGCUCGAUAUCUGCAAUCCAGUGUAAAUACAGAAAUACAAAACCGUCAAAGAUGACACAACAUUUAAUUUUAGACGGAACGGGAAGGUCCGCUGCGAACGACUUUUAACAUUUUUACAAGCGACGGCUCGCGUCGGCUUCGGUGAUGAUACCGCGCCAGACGACGUUCUCGAAUGUUACUCGUUUUCUUAUAAACACCGAUGAGAACAAAUGCGUGUGCUGGGGUGAGUGCGGCGAGAUAUUAGUUGUCGCCGCCCUCGGCAGGCUCGUCGCCAUCGCCUUGAGUGUCUGACGUCCAAAGCGUCAAGUUAUCUCGCAGCAACUGCAUUAUUAACGUAGAAUCUUUGUACGAAUCUUCGUUCAAUGUGUCCAGUUCGGCGAUGGCAUCGUCGAAAGCCUGU